AUGGUAGCUAGGACGGAGGUGGUUGGGGGCGCAUGCGCGGUGGUGCAACGCGCGCAGCUCCCGGCUGUCACACUCCACUCCGCCGGCAAACCGAUCUCGACGCACACGCGCGCCAAGUUCGCUACGCAAGCAACGCCGGCCCCUCGCGGCCAGGAGCCCUGCACGGCGCUUCCACACCCACACAUCUAUCCACCGGGGGCUGAGCACCGGCCGGCGUUCGCACACAGGGCUCCGCUGGCUAAAGAGAUGGAAAUCGUGCCCGAGGGAAAAAACUUCCGAUUGGUAACCGAAGACGAGCUCCCAGCGGUGGCCGAUCACUUAGUGCAGUAUAUGCCUGAAUCUUUAAAGUUUCACCAAACGAUUCAAACAUAUCUUAACAACAAGGUGUGGGACUUCCAUUUUUAUGUAGCGAAAAAUUGGCCGGAGGAUCCAAUUUGCCUACAUUUUCCUGGCUGUACCAGCACGCCAAACAGUCAUCCUUAUGAAAGCGUGACAAUAUUUUGUCCAUCUGAGCGUGCGGAGUUGGUUGACUUGUUGACCUCUGAAGACAUACUGCUGGAUCUCACUCAACCGCUGUACCUGAACUUUACUCACGAGGCAAUUGUGCAACGCUUUGAAAAGCGCUAUGAAGCCCACGACAAAAUUACUGGAGAUGUAUACGUGUGUGACAAACCACUAGAAGAAACUAAUACUGAUGAACUUCCACCGGACGUGGAGUUAGUUCGCCUGCAACCAGAACACAUGAAGGCAGUUCACGAUUUAUAUCCAGCCAGCGACAUCGAGUGUAGGGAAGUGUUUGAAAAGCUGGUCGCCGAACUGCCCGCUUACGGCAUCUUUGUAGAAGGACAAUUAGCGGCUUGGAUGGUACAAUCGUAUUAUGGCGCCAUGUUUUCCAUGCAAACACGUCCUGAGUUCCGUAGGAAAGGCUACGGCAUCUUUUUAGCGAGACGUCUAACCAAGGAGGUCGCCGCUCGAGGCUAUAAGCCCUUCGUUGUGAUUCGUCCGGAAAACGACGCGUCCCGUUCGCUCUACUCUAAGCUCGGCUUCGAAAAACGUUUCCGAACUGUUCGCGCCGUUUUGCGUCCUCGC